GGUGGGGCGGGGCGGCGGCGGCGGCGGCGGCGGCGGCGGCGGCGGUGGGGGGCGGCCAUGCCGUACGCCAACCAGCCCACGGUGCGCAUCACCGAGCUGACGGACGAGAACGUCAAGUUCAUCAUCGAGAACACGGACCUGGCGGUGGCAAACUCCAUUCGAAGAGUAUUCAUAGCAGAAGUUCCCAUUAUCGCUAUUGACUGGGUCCAGAUAGAUGCCAACUCCUCUGUCCUUCAUGAUGAAUUUAUUGCCCACAGACUGGGUCUCAUCCCACUCACCAGUGAUGACAUUGUGGAUAAGAUGCAAUAUUCCAGAGACUGCACAUGUGAUGAGUUCUGUCCAGAGUGCUCUGUGGAGUUUACUCUUGAUGUCCGGUGCAAUGAAGACCAGACUCGUCACGUUACAUCCCGUGAUCUCAUCUCCAACAACCCCCGUGUCAUACCGGUAACAUCUCGGAGCAGAGAUAAUGACCCCAAUGACUAUGUGGAGCAGGAUGACAUCCUGAUUGUGAAGCUGCGGAAGGGCCAGGAGCUCAAGCUGCGAGCCUAUGCCAAGAAGGGCUUUGGCAAGGAGCACGCCAAGUGGAACCCCACGGCUGGCGUAGCCUUCGAGUAUGACCCAGACAAUGCACUGAGGCACACAGUGUAUCCCAAGCCAGAGGAGUGGCCUAAGAGUGAAUACUCGGAGAUCGAUGAGGAGGAUGCUCAAGCCCCAUAUGACCCCAAUGGGAAGCCUGAGAGGUUUUAUUACAAUGUGGAGUCCUGCGGCUCUCUGCGCCCAGAAACCAUCGUUCUCUCUGCACUGUCUGGCCUGAAGAAGAAAUUGAGUGACCUCCAGACACAGCUGAGCCACGAGAUUCAGAGUGAUGUCCUCACUAUAAACUGAGGUGGCCCCUUGCACAGGAUUGUCCAGGCAGGAGUGAUGCAGAAGGUUCCUGUCUCUGCAUGGCAGCACCCUAGCCUGAGGCUUUUGCCUCCCCAUCUCCCUCUGCCUUUCCUGGCCCAGUUCUGCUGGUCAGUGACACCUCUUUCCUGGCUCUCCCUUCCCAGAGAAAGCCAUCAUGACACAUAAGGUAAAAGAAGAAAUCUGUAAAUGUCUUGACUGGGAUGGGAGUGGGCUUUGUCUCUAAGUGAGCCCAGAGUUUUGGACUUUAACCACAGGACAGUUGGGAUCGGGAAGCACAUACCUUGGUUAUACAACCCUAUCUUAUUUACAUGUCCGUUCCUUCCUGUGCUGAAUAAAGCCUUACCCCCCCUA